UGCAGUCGGUUGCUACAACAAAGCGUUUACAACUUCAUUGGUCAAAUACGGUCAUACUUAUAAGGUGCUGUAGCCAUUGGAGUUAGAUUACUAAGGGCAAGACCACAGCAUCUCUGAGACGCGUUAUUUCAAUUUACAUAAUUACCAUCUGCUGUCAAACGAAUUACGCAAUGACCAAUGUCAACGUACUCGCAGGAACCAGCAUGGCGUUUGUCGGCUUUCUGCUGUGUGCAGUCGGCAUGGGCACGGAAGCCUGGAUCACUUUUUCUAAAGGAGGUGUCAGUCCUUUUUCUCUUGGGCUGUCCUCUGCUUCAGGAGCUGUUGAUGCCGUGCAGGCGUUGACGGUGAUCGGUGUGAUGUUGGCGGUGGCUGGCAUUUGUCUGGGAGUUGCUCACCUCGUCUUCGAGCACCUGGAGAAGGAGCCCUUGCCCUGGUUUCUCAAGGCUGCGGGCGGCUGCCUCAUCGGCGGAGGCAUCUUCAUGAUCAUUGGCGAUAUUAUCUGGCUGGGUAAAAUCUACUUCGACGUAUUAAAAGCCAAGGAUGAUCUUGGCUACUCCUUCUAUCUGUGCAUUGUUGGAGGCCUUAUCCUACUGGCAAGCGGCGGUGUCAUCUUGAAAGAAAAGAAGGAAGCAAAUGCGGUCAACCCAUGAAAGUAUAACGGAUUCUCGGAGACAACUUUACUUUUUCUACUUCUUUCGUUUCUUUGCCCGAUCUGAUCAAAAUAGAAACAUUUAAUUAAUAUGAUAAUGUUCUGCUCCUGAUUUAUUAGCUAUAGUCAGAUCAAGGUUAUGACUAGGUAACUUUUGUAGAAGAUAGAUUGAACGUUUCAACUUUUCUACCUUUUCAACUUUUUAACUUUUUCACGUUUCCUAUUCAUAAAAUAUAUUUGUUAUUCACAUGACGCUUGCUAUCUUCUUCAGCCC